CUUCUAUAAAGACAUGACCACACAGUAUGGUAUUCUCUUCAAGCAGGAGCAAGCUCAUGAUGAUGCCAUUUGGUCAGUUGCCUGGGGGAAAAAUAAAAAUGAUGGUUCUGAAACAGUGAUCUCUGGUUCCUUGGAUGAUCUAGUGAAGGUCUGGAAGUGGAACGAUGAAAAAUUGGAUCUGCAAUGGACUUUGGAGGGUCACCAGCUGGGAGUGGUGUCUGUGGAUAUCAGUCACACAGGCGCCAUUGCAGCAUCCAGCUCCCUGGAUGCCCACAUUCGCCUUUGGGAUUUAGAAACUGGCAAACAAAUCAAGUCCAUAGAUGCUGGUCCUGUUGAUGCCUGGUCCUUGGCCUUUUCACCUGAUUCCCAGUACCUUGCCACAGGAAGUCAUGUGGGAAAAGUCAAUAUUUUUGGUGUUGAAACUGGAAAGAAAGAAUAUUCUCUGGACACCAGAGGAAAGUUCAUCCUUAGCAUUGCAUAUAGUCCAGAUGGAAAAUACUUGGCCAGUGGAGCAAUAGAUGGCAUUAUCAAUAUUUUUGAUAUUGCAACUGGAAAACUUCUGCAUACGCUAGAAGGUCAUGCAAUGCCAAUUCGGUCACUGACAUUCUCUCCAGACUCUCAGUUACUGGUAACUGCUUCAGAUGAUGGGUAUAUAAAAAUCUAUGAUGUGCAACAUGCAAACUUGGCUGGCACAUUAAGUGGUCAUGGAUCCUGGGUUUUAAAUGUAGCAUUUUGUCCCGAUGAUACCCAUUUUGUUUCCAGUUCAUCUGAUAAAAGUGUAAAAGUCUGGGAUGCUGGAACAAGAACCUGUGUUCAUACUUUCUUUGACCAUCAAGAUCAGGUUUGGGGAGUGAAGUACAACGGAAGUGGGUCCAAAAUUGUUUCUGUUGGAGAUGACCAAGAAAUUCAUAUUUAUGACUGUCCUGUAUAAAUGCCUCGACUCAGACGCCGGUCAACUCUUCUGGCAGUUUUAAGGACUGAUAUUGUCCUGUCUAGUUUUUUUAGUACAAUAAAAGCAUUUUAAUAAUGCUGAUCUGCAAACACAGAUGUUUGUAAUUUUGAUUUUGUUUAGCAUGAGAGAAGGCCUUACUUUUUUAAAAUAAAAGCUACAG